GAGAGGCAACACAACAGUGUUCACCAUGGCUUUUCAUUCUCGUAUUCGUGUCUGGUCAAAUGUCAGUAGUGAUAUGUGUAUUUACGUUGUGGAAGUGUAAUUGCUGGUGCAAUGGUUGGGAAGGGACAAGAGCCAAAAACCUCGGUAAAACUAAAGAGCCCUUGGAAGAAACUACCCAGAAUGAAGUAGUUAAUGUUAGUACUAUCGAAAAAAGAUUGGAAGAACCAUUAUUGGCGACGAAGUCACAGUCUUCGACAUCAACUGUUAACAUUCCGUUACACUCAGAUUAUCAGCAUGAUGAGGAGGUUGAAAAGCCCGAUCCGACGACAAGAAGUUCGCAACAGCAGCCAACAGAAAAGGAUAUAGGAUUGUAUAGGCCAACUUUCAAUGUUUGUAACGCCUGCGACAACACACCUCCACCAACUGUUGCAAAGGGGCACUUGAGAUUCGAUAAAAGAGGCCCUGGGUCAAAUGAUGUAAAUGUCGAAGCAUCUUCUGAAUCCGAUAACGCGUGUGCUGAUGCUUUGUCCUCAAAAGAUGAUAUGGCGAUUCUCAGAACCAAACACCCCUCUCCCGAAGGCAUUCACCACAGGCAACCUGGCCAGGACAAAUCUACCCAGGCGGACAUUAGUGACUCAACGCAAGACACAUACAACGUUUCACCACGUAUAAUCUACGAUCGCAUUCCUGAGAAAGUCCUUUUAAAAAUCGCAGAGGAACUUGGGGAAUAUGUGAUGCAAGUUGGUAUUAAUCUUGGUCUGACUUCAGCUGACAUGCAGCACCUUGAGAAGGAUAACAAAAGUGACUCGGUUGUGUAUGGCUUCAAAACACUUACCAAAUGGCAGAAUAAACAGCCAAAGAAGUGUGACAAAGUGGAAAUCUUAGCUGAAGCCCUAAUAGAAUUUGGACUCGAAUAUUUGGCUGACAAGGUUAAGGGUUAAAGAGAUCAGUAAGACAUUUUGCAAAGCAAUGUGUUCAUAAACCAUGAAGACUAAAAACAGAACAACAACAGAACAGCGCAGAUAACUUUUGUAUUUGAUUUGGCUGCUAUUCAAAGCUAAGAUGAGAAAUCUGCUUUAAAAUGACUACAUAUUUAAGAUUUUGCAAACAACUAUACCUUUUGUUUAUACAAAUUAUUUUUGAUUACUGUUUUUUAUUAGAAUUCACCUGAUAGUAGUUUUACUAUUGUUGCAAGUGAUCUAAUAAAGAACAUAAAAUAAAUCAAAACUUGAGACUGUUAGUUC